AUGAAAUUUCCUGAAGUGAACAUCAGUAAAGGGUGUGGUGUUGCUUUGGUGUGCUUUGGUGGUUUACUAUUAACAGAUGAGCACCGAGUGUUACUGUCAAGAUUAGCCGGUCCCAAUCAUCCGCUUCCUCACCCCAUGUUCUAUUACCUCUCUCUUGGAAUGAUGUCCACAGGUUUACUUUGUUGUGCAAUUGGAAUAUUGGGCUGUUGGGCUUCAUGUGGUCGUAAAAGCACUCUGGGUGCUCUGGUAGCUGUGUGCCCACAAUAUCUUGGUAUUGGAAUGUCGUCAUCACAGCUGUUGGAAGUUCUUCAACACAAUUAUGGAGUACCUGGCCAAGAACAAGUGACAGCAGCAUUGGAUUUGACUCAAACAAAGAUGGAAUGUUGUGGAAUAAAUAAUGCACAAGAUUAUGGCACUUCCUGGUGGCAUCUCAAGGAACUUGGCCAGAGGGAUUUGCAAGUGCCUUUGUCGUGCUGUCUCACCAAUAAAACCAUAGAUAACCCCCGGGCUUUUCUUGACCCUCAACCUGCUAACAUAACAUUGUGCCAAGCCCCACAGGAAGAUAUGUUUAUUAAAGGGCGUUAUACUGACGGUUGUUUAGAGAAGCUUCAAGAAUGGUUUCGCCAACAGAUUGCAAUAUUUCUUGCCAUGAGUCUCACCUUAGUUUUGGUGGAACUGUCAGCACUGCUCAGUGCCAUCUUAGCAUGUGUUCGAGAGCCACGACUAGAUUUGCGGACACUUUGAGGGUGCGAAUGCGGCCGUAUGGACACAAGAGGAACUCUUAGUAGUAGGACGAGUGGUUCCAAGAGAGAUGUUGACCACAGAGUUUGGCUACCAGAAAAGCAGGACAUUACCUUCAAGAAAAAACAGUACACCCUUCCCAUACGUGUCGCAUCAUACCAUGCGAGUGAAAGAAGUUCU